UACUUCCUGUUCCCGGCAACCCCCCCCCCCUUGGCAGCUGCCCGGGCUGAGCGGGGCGGUGGCUUGAGUGACCCUGGCUGCAGCGGCGCCGCGCGCCCCCGCGCCUCGCGCCUCGCGCCUGUCCCGGGUGGACAGUCAAGCUGAGCCUGUCUCCGGUCUCGGGAUGCCGGGAGAGGAGGAGCGAGCCUUCCUGGCAGCCCGCGAGGAGCUGGCGAGCGCCUUGAGGCAGGAUUCCGCGCAGGUAUUUCCCCCGGAGCAGCUCAAGCCGUUUCUGGCCACCUCUCUGCCACCAGCCGCCCGCUACCUGCAACUGGAUGCCGGACGCCUGGUCCGCUGCAACGCUCAUGGGGAGCCUCGAAACUACCUCAACACUCUAUCCACGGCCCUGAACAUCCUGGAAAAAUAUGGGCGCAACCUCCUCAGCCCACAGCGACCUCGGUACUGGCGCUCAGUGAAGUUUAAUAACCCUGUCUUUCGCAGCACGGUGGAUGCUGUGCAGGGGGGCCGGGAUGUGCUGCGGUUGUACGGCUAUACGGAGGAGCGCCCAGAUGGAUUGAGUUUCCCUGAAGGGCAAAAGGAGCCGGAUGAGUACCAGGUUGCCAUAGUCACACUAGAAGUGCUACUGCUUCGCACGGAGCUCAGCUUGUUGUUGCAGAAUAAGCAUCCAAGACAGAACGCACUGGACGAGCUGCUAAGAGACAAUGUUGAAGACGAUAUGCUGCAGCUUUCAGAGUUUCACCCCCUUUUGAGAGAGAUUGUUCCUGGUCCCCUCCCCUCUGCGCCAGGCUCCUCCCCUGUCCCCUGCUUUCUCUGUGGUUCUGCCCCAGGCACACUGCACUGUCCAGCCUGUAAUCAAACCUCAUGCCCAGCUUGUGAUCUUUUAUUCCAUGGACAUCCAUCCCGCUCUCAUCACCUUCGCCACGCCCUGCCUGGGGCUCACCAAACCAUUAACCUGAACUCUAGUUUGCCUGCCUCGUCCCAGCCACAGCCCCACUCAGCCUCCCUGGCUCUAGGAGAUAGCUCUUUUUCUUCCCCUGAUACUGCAAAUGCUUGUCUGCCCUGGCGCUGUCCUACCUGCAUCACACAAAAUGAGCCUUGGGCAGUGCUCUGUGCAGCCUGUAGUCAGCCUAGAGGCUGUAAGAUGCUGGGAAUAGAGGGGUCCCAAGGAACUGGGGGCCCAGAACCUGAGCCUGCACGGGAUCAGUGGGCCUGCCAGAGUUGUACCUUUGAGAACGAGGCAGCAGCUGUCCUGUGUGCCAUAUGUGAGCGACCUCGACUGGCCCAGCCUCCCAGCUUGGUGAUGGACUCCCAUGAUGCUGGUGUUUGCCACCAGUCCCUUAAGGAGGAUAUUUUGCUCUCGUCUGCCCAGCCUCAAGUCUGGUACUGUGAUCACUGUACGUUUUGCAACUCAGACACUGUCUGGGUAUGCGCUAUGUGCAACCGAACCCGCAACUCCAUCGUACAGCAUGCCCUUCGACCCUAUGCUAGAUCUUUGGAAAAGGAUCCCCCAAAGCCUGGGUCCCCAGAACACCUCAGCACUUCCCUGCCUGGUUCCUGUGGAGACCCUGAGAAGCACCGCCAGGAUAAGAUGCGGAAGGAAAGUCUCCAGCUAGUGAGCAUGAUCCAGGAAGGGGAAGCUGCAGGUGCCAGUCCAGAAGAGAUCUUCUCAGCUUUACAGUACUCGGGCACUGAGGUACCCCUGCAGUGGUUGCGUUCAGAGUUGUCCUACGUCCUGGAGAUGGUGGCUGAGCUAGCUGGACAGCAGGAUCCAGGACUGGGUGCCUUUUCCUGUCAGGAAGCCCGGAAAGCCUGGCUUGAUCGUCAUGGCAACCUUGAUGAAGCUGUAGAGGAGUGUGUGCGGGCCAGGAGGAGGAAGGUGAAGGAGCUCCAGUCCCUGGGCUUUGGACCUAAAGAAGGGUCCCUGCAGGCAUUGUUCCAGCACGGGGGUGAUGUGGCUCGGGCCCUGACUGAAUUACAGCGCCAGCGUCUGGAGCCCUUCCAUCAGCGCCUGUGGGACAGAGGCCCCGAACCCACUCCCUGCUGGGAUGGGCUGGAUAGACAGAGCCUGGUCCGGCGGCUUCUGGCGGUCUACACUCUGCCCAGUUGGGGUCGGGCAGAGCUGGCCCUGUCACUGCUGCAGGAGACACCUAGAAACUAUGAGCUGUUGGACGUGGUAGAGGCCGUGAGGCACAGCCAUGACCGGGCCUUUCUUCGCCGAUUGCUUGCCCAGGAAUGUGCUGUGUGCGGGUGGGCCCUUCCCCGCAACCGGAUGCAGGCCCUCAUCUCCUGUGAGUGCACCAUAUGCCCUGACUGCUUCCGCCAGCACUUCACCAUUGCCCUGAAGGAAAAGCACAUCACAGAUAUGGUGUGUCCUGCCUGUGGCCGCCCUGACCUGACUGAUGACAACCAGUUACUCAGCUACUUCUCCACCCUUGACAUCCAGCUCAGAGACAGCCUCGACCCAGAUGCAUAUGCCCUAUUUCAUAAGAAGCUGACGGAGGGUGUGCUCAUGCGAGACCCCAAGUUCUUGUGGUGUGCCCAGUGUUCCUUUGGCUUCAUAUAUGAACGUGAACAACUGGAGGCAACAUGUCCCCAGUGUCACCAGACCUUCUGUGUGCGCUGCAAGCGCCAGUGGGAGGAGCAGCACAGAGGCCGGAGCUGUGAGGAGUUCCAGAACUGGAAACGCACCAAUGACCCAGAAUACCAGGCUCAAGGCCUGGCAAUGUAUCUUCAGGAAAAUGGCAUUGACUGCCCCAAGUGCAAGUUCUCAUACGCACUGGCCCGAGGUGGCUGCAUGCAUUUCCACUGCACCCAGUGUCGGCACCAGUUCUGCAGCGGCUGCUAUAAUGCCUUUUACGCCAAGAAUAAAUGUCCAGACCCUAAUUGCAGGGUGAAAAAGUCCUUGCAUGGCCACCACCCUCGAGACUGCCUCUUCUACCUACGGGAUUGGUCUGCUGUCCGGCUCCAGAAACUCUUGCAGGACAAUAAUGUCAUGUUUAACACGGAGCCUCCAGCUGGGACCCGGGCAGUCCCUGGAGGUGGCUGCCGAGUGAUGGAACAAAAAGAGGUUCCCAGUGGGUUCAGGGAUGAAGCCUGUGGCAAGGAAACUCCACCUGGCUAUGCCGGCCUCUGUCAGGCACACUACAAAGAAUAUCUUGUGAGCCUCAUCAAUGCCCAUUCGUUGGACCCAGCAACGCUGUAUGAUGUGGAGGAGCUGGAGACAGCCACUGUACGCUACCUACAUGUACAUCCCCAGGCAGUGGAAGGAGAGGACCGUCCUGCCUACCAGGCCCGACUGUUACAGAAGCUGACAGAAGAGGUUCCCUUGGGACAGAGCAUCGCCCGUAGAAGGAAGUAGCUGAGGGCAAGAGUCCUGAUGAGGCUUCACCACCCUGCCCUCAGCAACAGCUCCGGCACCAAUAAAGAGGCAUCUUAUGGCCUAGG